GAGUAGAGUCCUCCACACUGCGUCUGGUGGGGCUUUACGGGGCCAUCAUUGCAAUAUCUUCAGCACUGUAUUGCUAGACCCUUGUAGUAGUCCCACAGAACACUGGACUUCCUUUUUUGUCCUUGAGUCCCGUUUUUGUUCGAUCAACCUUAGUCAUCCACUUUCCUGAGACUCAUCCUUCACCUUAGUACUGGCAACGAACCCUUGGGUGAGCAUUCGGCGCUGAGAUGAACUCCCAGGCGCUGCUCUCGAACAUUAGGAGCUACGUGUGUCCUCGUGUGUAUCCACUGAAUUCCAUAUGGCCUCCUUUACGCCGCUCCGCGGUGAUGAUUGUGCUCUUCAUUGGCAACUACGGAGAGGUUCGUGUUCUGUUGACCAGGAGGUCGAGGCAGCUGAAUAACUUCUCCGGACACGUCUCGUUACCUGGUGGCAAGUCUGACCAUGUUGAAGAGAGUGGGUACGACGUUGCAAGGAGAGAAACCAUGGAGGAAAUCGGGCUGCCGUUCGACGAGGAACUGAACAAGAGAGGGUUUGUUCUGGAGAAACUGAACGAGAUGCCAUGCUAUCUAUCGAGAACUUUCCUCAGCGUCCGGCCCGUGGUUUGUUUCUUACACAAGACCAACCAUCCUCAGGAGACCAUAUCGGACAUCCAGUUCAUCCUGAACCCCGGUGAAACCUCGAGCAUCUUUUCAGUUCCUCUACUGGACCUGAUUGGUCUAAACGCUCAACAUGAAUACAUUAGAAAGACUACAAACCAUUUCAAGUGGGGGAACCUGAGAUGGCCAAUUAAGCACUACUUCUAUCCAAGUGAGAACCCAAAUGAAAUUCAUUGGCUGGAUAAUAUCCAAGACUUGAGCAGCGAUGAGGAGAUCGAGCAUGAGCAAACUGAGAGAAGCAUCAAAGACCUGUGGGGGUUGACCGCACAGAUCCUCUACGACUUGGCAAAUAUAAGCAUCAAUGAACUCACAAAGAACUACAUUGGCAAUGAGAAUUUGAUCUAUGGGCUAACUGAGUUUGGCGGACAGAUGCUACAAAGGAAGAGAUCGUCAUGGGAAUCAGGAAUGAUUGUAAAUGAGCGUGAUAAGGCAUUCGAUCAAAUCAUCCCUCAACAUGUUUUUAAACAUAUAUCUGAAGAGUUCAAGCUAUAGACUACAUGCUAAUUUAGAUCUUGUUUUGCAAUAUUAUAUAUGUCUCAAGCCCUCAACGCAAGCUUUGGUAAUUCAACGUCUAACUUCGGAUUCCUGUGGAUCUCAGCCAUGGCCACAACUCGUGCCAUUAUCUACACAGUUGAUCAAGACCAACAGUCAUCCUUCUUCUUGGGGGAAUCAAGCGGAAGUAGUGGCUUCAUCUCAUCGUCAACUGGCGGGAAUUGUGAAGGCGUUGUGCGUUUUGAUUCACAGCUGUGGCUUCCGACAUCAACAUUAAACGCACAUUUGAUGAAUACUUUUUUUUGGUUGCAUUACUCACACCUAAACUUCAUCUUCUAGCUAUACCUUACAC